AUGAAGAUGUUGGCCGUCUCGAGUGUCUAUCGACUUGAACGCUGCGGACGCCAAACAACUGAUCGGUGUAUUUAUUCUAUUCAACUAUCCAUAUAUCAUAUAUGUCACAUAUAUAGUCUAUGUCAAGCGAGUCGAUAUUUAAUAGUUAUAUCUUUUCAGCUAUCAAAUACGUCAAUAGAGGUGCCAUCGACAUAUGUUUGUGGUGCUAUAGGUCGUGUACGCCUCUAUAACUACGCCUAUAUCCAACAUCUACAUCCCUACGGACUGGUGAAUCCUCAUGCAGUCCAAGUCCGACUUGUCCUUUUCAUGGAUAUCCGUCUAGCCUCGCCUUUGCGAGCAUCUGUGUAUCCUGAUGUGUGGAUAUCAAGCGCUUUAUGCUUGCACAUCUAUGGCUGUAGGAGUAACUGUUGGUGCUAUGUGCUACAGCAAGGCUCCAUACAUUCUCAUUACUCCAUGUGUUUGUACCUCCUGGAUCUCUUUCAACGAGUUCAGGAUGUAUAUUACGUCCGUUUCUCGCUUAUACCUUUGCUAGACAUGUUGCUCUAUAUCCACGAUCUAGAGUCGGGCAUCCUAGUACCCCCUCAUGGUCCAUCAUUCUCUAAAGUCUGGGCUGCAUCAUUCUGCUGGGGCUCGCUUCCCAUAUUCCUCCCUACAAUUAUCAACAGUAUGGGGUUUUCAGCAGCCACUUCCCAAGGCCUCACCGCGCCGCCAUAUCUAUUCGCUGCCCUUGUUACCAUCGCCCUAUCAUGGUAUUCUGACAAGUACCGGCAGAGAGGUGCGGCCGUUAUCUUUUCAACCUCUAUAGCUGCCGUGGGCUACGCGAUAAUGGCGGCUUGUGAGCUGGUUUGGCCCUGCUACUCGGUAUUCUUAGCUUCUGCCAGUUUAUUUUCCGGGGCAGCGAACCUCGCGCCGUUGGUCAUGAUGAUAUACCGCUGGUUGCUGGCGGGAAAGCACCGCAAGCUAGACGGAUUACAUGGAACACUGGAAGAGCGAAAGCUAGAGAGCAGCCUUAGGGAGAACGAACGGGUUGCUGGUGGAGAGAAUUAUGGCCCCAGUCUUGGACGAAUGAAGGCAUUCAUUGGACACUCUGCUUUCUCUCCGAUGAACCCGCCUCGGCCAGUUGAAUUGAAUUCUCGGGAUAACUGCAAAGUCUUCGACUGGGUGCCAGCCUAUGCACAUGAAGCGCCUUCAUCCCCAAUAACACAGUUCAUUCCAAAGUCGCACGUCUCCAUCGUCUCCCAUUUCGCCCCAUCGCACUUCUCGAUUCUUUGCAAUCUAGGCACCGCCCCCGCGCUGAUCUCAUGGCUCAUGCAGCGAUAUUCACCCUUCUCGCAAGCUGUUGGUUCGGCAGGGGUAGGAGUGGCCCUAGUGACGGCCAUCAUGGCAGCCAGGGCGCUGAAGAUUGCAGUGAAACGCAUAUUGAUGUCAAAGUGCCGGAUCUUAUUUUGA